AUGGCAGACACACCUCAGACUCCUCGUACGAAGACGUCAAAACCUUCUUUGGAUAUUGACGUCUUUUCGGAAAUUGGUUCACCCAUCUCUCCAUCUUCACCCUCCUUUAGCGCCUGCCCUUCACCAACCUUUUCCUUCUCAAUGAACAUGAAUAAAUCUCAGGCUGAACUGACUGCGUUACUGAAGGACGCUUAUAAUGCGUUAAAAGAAAAAGAAAGAGAUCUUACGUUGGCCGCUGAAAUUGGAAAAAGUCUACUUGAGAGUAACAUCUCCCUCAAAGCAAAAUGUGAAGCGCUGGCCACUCAACUUCAACAAUUGCAGCGCGAUCGCACUAGGAAUGCCACAUUUACUCUGCAAGCCGGAGCAGUUAAUAAAUCCAAUGUACCUCCGAUAGCGCCGCCAGAUUCAUUCUUAGAUGAAUUCGAUUUCGAGGAAAGCGACACCGAUUCAAUUUAUGGACGGAGCAGUUCCGUUGACAUUUCACAUUCAAUACACGAACCAUCAAAAAAAAGUAAGCAACAUGUAAAUUAUAAUGACCUCGAAAAUCUGAGGGAAUUGGAAAAUAGAAACCUGUUUCUCCAAUCACAACUCGAUGACGCAAUAAAGGAGUGCGCGGAGAAUGAAAAAUUGAAUAAGGCAAAACUCAGAAAACUUGAAUCCGAACUUCUUCAUUACCAGGAUGUCUAUUCCUCGGCCACAUUAAAGAUUGAAGAUCUCGAGAAGGAAAAAGAACGUUUAAUUCAAAAGCAGAAAUCCGAGUUCUGGAAUCUGAAGUAUAACAAGAGCGACAAUGAUGGUUAUGUCGAAUCAUUGUUGAUUAGGCUCUCGGAUUUGGAAGAACAGAACCAUAACAUUAAACGAACAAAGGAGGAAAUCGAGAGACGCCUUGCCCGCGUUACUAGAGAAUUGGAUGCUCUCCAGAAGCAGUACAAUGAGUUGGCAGAGGCGUCAAAAGAUAACGAGAUCUUACGCGUAGCUACUAUGGAACAAGAUCGUCUCAUCACCGAUCUACAUGAGACCAUAGAAGAACAAAAAAUAAUUAUAGCGGGCAUGCGAGCAGGGUACUCGCGAAAUCAAUCACGGUCGAAUUCUUUCUCAGAAAACAAUAUAAUGACAAAUGCCAUAAGACGACUGAGUAAUCCGGAUAAUUUCUCUUUGUUUGGUUCGGCUAAUUCCGAUCAUCAAUCAAAAUCAUUGCUUUCCGAAUUCGAGAGCGAGUGGUUCCGACAGUUGACCAUGUUCCAGAGAGACGGAAAGAAAUUGCGGGGCAACAUUGAUUCACCGCUAUUUUCACCGGCGUCAUCAGAAAGGGAUCCCAAUAGCUACUUUUCACAUCCAGAUGACGAUAUAUCGCAAAUAGAUUAUUUGUCUGAUGGCGAAUUCAGUUUCUUGGAUGAAUUCGAAGAUGAUGAAGAUACAAUUCGAAAACGCGAAUGGUUCUGGAGGAGAUGGAUUAGAAGAUGGGUUGAGGCUAUUUAUGCGUUCCUGAUGAUG